CGGACAUCACUUGCAUCUCACUUUCUCUCUAACUCUCUCUAACACACACACCCCCUCACCCUCACGCACUUCUGAACUCCACACACACUCCGUGUCUAUACCGGACCAAGGUAAAGCAGUCAUGAGUUACUCCAGCGACAUCUACACCAGCAGCUCCUAUCGGAAGGUUUUCGGAGAUGCCCCCCGCUCCGGCCGCGUGGGUCUCGGCGGCAGCAGCAGCCCGUCCCGCCUGCACACCGCGGGAUACCGCAGCAGCCACCGCACCUACGGUUCCCCCUCCGCGGUGUCCUCCGCCACCUACCGCAGGACGGCGGCGCCCGGCCGCGUCUUCUCCUCCAUGCCGGACUCCAUGAUGGACCUGACCCAGUCCACCGCGGUCACCAACGAGCUCAAGAUCGUCCGCACCAACGAGAAGGAGCAGCUGCAGGGCCUCAACGACCGCUUCGUGUCCUUCAUCGAGAAGGUGCACAACCUGGAGCAGCAGAACAAGGUGCUGGAGGCAGAGGUCACGCUGCUGCGGCAGCGCCACAACGAGCCGUCGCGCCUGCACGAGCUGUACGAGCAGGAGAUCCGCGAGCUGCGGGCGCGCGUGGAGGAGCUGACGCACGAGAAGAGCCAGAUGCACCUGGACUGCGUGCAGAUGAGCGAGGCGCUGGAGCGCGUGCGGGAGAAGCUGGACGAGGAGACCCGGCUGCGCGAGGAGGCGGAGAACACCCUGAGGGGCUACCGGAAGGACGUGGACGACGCCACCCUGGCGCGCCUGGAGCUGGAGAAGAAGGUCGAGUCUCUGCUGGACGAGAUCGCCUUCCUCAGGAAAGUCCACGAGGAGGAGCUGCAGGAGCUGCAGGCGUCUCUGCAGACCUCCCAGAUGUCUGUGGAGAUGGACAUGAGUAAACCGGACCUGGCCGCUGCCCUGAAGGACAUCCGGGCUCAGUACGAGAACCUGUCGGCCAGGAACCAGGCCCAAGCGGAGGAUUGGUACCGCUCCAAGUUCGCCACCGUCACCGAGUCGGCCGCCCGCAACCAGGACGCCAUCAAGCACUCAAAGGAGGAGCUGAGUGAGUACCGCCGGCAGGUGCAGGCCCGCACCCUGGAGAUCGAGUCCCUCAGGGGCCACAACGAGGCCCUGGAGAGGCAGAUUGCGGAGAUGGAGGAUCGUCAUAGCAAUGAAGUUGGCGACAUGCAGGAUACCAUUCAGGAGCUGGAGGCGGCUCUGCGCAGCACCAAAGGGGAAAUGUCCCGUCACCUGCGCGAGUACCAGGACCUUCUGAACGUCAAGAUGGCGCUGGACAUUGAGAUCGCUGCCUACAGGAAGUUGCUGGAAGGCGAGGAGUGCCGCCUCAGCUCUGUCGGUGGAGCCAUGGCGCAGUCGGGCUACCCCGGCUACUCCUACAUGUCGGCCCGGACCUACACCCUCGGCUCCUACAGGAAGUUCGGUGCCAAGCCCGAGGAGGAGGAGGAGGAAGAGGAGGCGGAAGUUGAGGAGGAGGAGGGAGAGGAGGGAGAGGAGGAGGGAGAAGAGGGAGACGAGGGAGACGAGGGAGAGGACCAGGAGGAAGGCGAGGAGGGGGAAGAGGAGGAGGAAGAGGAGGAAGAGGAGGAGAAGCCAAAGGAGAAAGAGGAGAAGGAGAAGGAGAAGGAGAGCCCCACCGGCAAGAGCAGCAAGAGCUAAACUGCUUGUUUCCCCAUCUUCAUCAUCGUCAAUAACACACUCCACAUCCCAUCGAUCACUCAUGUUGAUCUGGUUCCCGUUCACAUCAUCUCUUUCUCUCUCUCUCUCUCUCACUCACACACACACACACACACACACACACACACACACACACACCGGCGCCUCACACCAUCUGUGUUGUUCUCUCGCUGUACCUCGGAAGUUCAGACGUGGUGAGUUCCGACCGCAUUAGACAGGGAAGGAGCUUUGAAAGGGAACAGGUGUGCUCCAAUGGCAGAAGAAAAGUUUAAAUUGUCGUCACACUCUGCAGAGGGCGCCAGGAUUUUACGUCGCGCAGGUGCAGAGACUCGCGCAGAAAGCUAGCAUGACGCCACAACGCUUCAUGCGUUCGAAACAGGGAAUGCUUCUUCCUUACAUGAGUAACAGUAAACGUGCCAUCAGUGAUCAAUAUUCACAGUACACGCAAUCGAGAAAGUAACAAUUUUGUCAGCACACAGACUUUAAGAUAAGCGCACAGGUCCUGGAGCAUGAUAAACAGCCAGUCCAACUUUUACGGUGCUAUUUGAUUUUUACAUAUAAAAGUUGGGGAGUUAUUGUAAGCAGAGGUUUCAUCACAGAUCAAAGCUCCACCAGCUCAUUCCUGAAUGUCGGCUUGUCGCGCAGGCAACGCUUCUUUAUGAACCGUAUGUCAAACUCCACAUGUGCUUUUUUUCCGCUCCCCUCUUUUCUUCCACUCCUUUCCACUGCCCUCAGCUUAAUCUCAUCGCACCAUGACGAAAUGAAAUGUGCCACUUAUGGUUCAAGCCCCUUUUCCAUUCUCAUUCUAGUCACUGCGGCGGCACGGCUCUGCCAUAAUGGCAACUCGGAGCUCAGAAAACAAUGUACAUAAGUGUGUUGGGAAGGUGGGUAGUGCUGCAGCUUCUCCACGAGGGAGUGCAUCUUUGAGAAUGAAAUGUAUAGAGUUUAAAUUGCUGCUAUAUAUAUAUAUAGACAUAUAUAUUUUUUUCUUUUUUCUGGGAAUGUGAAAUAUCCCCCCCCUUGAUUGAUUCAUUUGUCAAGGAAUUGAUCGGCCAUCGCACCUGUCUCAAUAGUUAAGCUCAAAUCCUUACUUUUUUUUCCCUUUUUAGAGAUAACCAGCCACUUUUUCUUGCUCCUCACACAAACGUUGUUGGCACUUUGGUUUAAUUUAGCUGAAAAAAAGGAAACAGGGUGAAGGUGAGAGCGUGGCUGUCGGUGGCAGGCAGCUGACGGCGACACUGACGACCCUCAGCUCCGGCUACAAGUGGCAGGUGGGCCAGAUGCUGCUGGGGUCGUGGCUGUACGGUACAGAGACGCAUAUAAGGGCUAUUUUCAGCAUAACUCCUUGUCUCACUUUGCCCCGAGACGUUUUGCAUCAGCGUUGCUCAUCACUGUCACCCCCUUUUGCUUCUCUCGUUGACAAAUGAAUCAGUCGACAGGCGCCAAUGCAUGGCCUGACUCUUGGAGCUUGAAUAUCUUCUGGAUGGGCUCGACUUUUGCUUGUUGUGUGUUAUAAAAAAAAGUAAUUAUAAUAACUUGCCUUAACCAUGACUGAGAGUUAAAAUAAACCAUGUUUUCACCUGCAUCUCACUUGUUCCUGGGGAGACUGAGGAGAAUUGACACUUUCCAGACUGCUAUUACAACUGUGACUGUAUGUGCUGCUAUCUCAUGCAGUGAUAUUCCUCUCAAAGCCAAAUAAAAACAUUUAUUAACCAAA